UAAGGAGUACGUUAGACCAAAAGCCAAUUCGCUCAAAAGGGUAUAUAUAGGAUACUAAUCCGAAAAAAUUACAAAUGCAAUUCAUGGUAUGAUCGUAUUCUGAGAACAAAGAUGUCUCUAAUGGCAACAAGAACAAAGAUCACUCGGGUUCUGAGUUCUCUCAACCACAAAACACAGAUUUUGACUUCUGGGUCAUGCUCUAAUGGGGUUGUACCUAGUAUUCGGGUGGACCAAUGUGGAAGUUUCGGGUGUUUCUCGUCCUCUGCCUCCGCAGCUCCUUUGGAGUCGGAGGCAUUGGGUUCGAGAUUGUUUGGUUUGAAGGACUAUGAGGACUAUAGGAGGGCUCUUUAUGGUGGAUUGACUCAUAAAGCUUUGUUGGUUGAUGCUGCUGGAACCCUUGUUGCUCCUUCUCAGCCCAUGGCUCAGAUUUACAGGCAGAUUGGUGAGAACUAUGGGGUGGAUUACUCUGAGGAUGAGAUACUAAUCAGAUACAGAAGGGCAUAUGAGCAGCCUUGGGGUAGAUCUCCUCGCAGAUAUGUUAAUGAUGCGAGACCAUUCUGGCAAUAUAUAGUCAGUUCUUCAACUGGAUGUUCAGACUCUCAGUACAUUGAGGAGCUAUAUAACUAUUACACCACCGAAAAGGCGUGGCACCUCUGUGAUCCGGAUGCUGAGAAGGUAUUCAAGGCUCUAAGAAAUGGAGGUGUAAAGUUGGCUGUUGUGUCAAACUUUGACACUCGUUUAAGACCUAUUCUACGGGCUCUGAAUUGUGAUCACUGGUUUGAUGCUGUGGCAGUGUCAGCUGAAGUUGCUGCGGAGAAGCCGAAUCCCACAAUAUUUAUAAAAGCUUGUGAGUUACUGGGAGUAAAACCUGAGGAUGCUGUUCAUGUAGGAGAUGACCGGAGAAAUGAUAUAUGGGGAGCCCGAGCUGCAGGUUGUGAUGCUUGGCUUUGGGGAAGUGAUGUUCAGUCCUUCAAGGAGGUUGCUCAAAUGAUCGGAAUCCAGAUUUGAAUAAAAGAAUCCUGUGCAACAAGUGGAAGGAUGCUUUUCAUUGGAUGAAUGCUUUCCAUGCUGUACCUCCUCAUCUUGGGUUGUAUAUAUUCUGCACUUUUGUAAAUUAUGUGUGUGUGUGUGUGUGUGAGAAAGAGAGAGAGAGAGAGAGAGCAGAGUUGUGAGGAUUCAAGUUAGAAUAAGAGGCAGCAGUAUGAGGAUCUUAUUAGCAGGCUCAAU